CCCUUUAACCCCCGGAAGUGGGCGGGAGAGGAAGCGGCUGGUGAUGCUGGAACAAAUAUGGCCGCCCCGGCGCCUGUCGGCUCUUCGGGCUCCCGCAGUCCUCGGCUGACCGCCGGCCUUCGGCUGUUCCCACUACUGGGGCUGCUGCAGCUGCUGGUCGAGCCUGGCCUGGGCCGCGUCCACCACCUGGCGCUCAAGGAUGAUGUGAGGCAUAAGGUUCAUCUGAACACCUUUGGAUUCUUCAAGAAUGGGUACAUGAUGGUGAAUGUCAGUAGCCUUUCAGUGAGUGAGCCUCAAGGAGCCACAGACAAGGACGCAACUAUUGGAUUCAGCCUAGACCGCACAAAGAAUGAUGGAUUUUCUUCUUAUCUGGAUGAAGAUGUGAAUUACUGUAUUUUAAAGAAACAGUCUGCCUCUGUCACCCUUCUAAUCCUAGACAUCUCCAGAAGUGAAGUGCGAAUAAGAUCUCCACCAGAAGCUGGUACCCAGUUACCAAAGAUCAUCUUCAGCAAGGAUGAGAAAGUCCUUGGUCAGAGCCAGGAGCCUGGCGUUAACGCUGUUUCAGCAGGGAGCCAGACUCAGAAAAAACAAGACAGUGGAAAGUCUGAAAGAAGUACAGUGGAUUCAAAGGCAACAGGAGAGAAAUCCUUUUCUGUUCGUAAUAAUGAUGGGGCAGUUUCAUUUCAGUUUUUCUUUAACAUCAGCACUGAAGACCAAGAAGGCCUCUACAGUCUUUAUUUUCAUAAAUGCCCUGGAAGUGAAGUACGGUCUAACGACAAGUUUUCAUUCAGCCUCGAUAUCGAGAUCACAGAGAAGAAUCCUGACAGCUACCUCUCAGCGGGAGAAAUUCCUCUCCCCAAAUUAUACAUUUCUAUGGCCUUUUUCUUUUUGCUCUCUGGGACAAUCUGGAUUCACAUCCUUCGAAAACGACGGAAUGAUGUAUUUAAAAUUCACUGGUUGAUGGCCGCCCUUCCUUUCACCAAGUCUCUUUCCUUGGUGUUCCACGCAAUCGACUACCACUAUAUCUCCUCCCAGGGCUUCCCGAUCGAAGGGUGGGCUGUGGUGUACUACAUCACUCACCUCUUGAAAGGGGCCCUGCUGUUCAUCACCAUCGCACUCAUUGGCACCGGCUGGGCUUUCAUUAAGCACAUCCUUUCUGAUAAAGACAAAAAGAUCUUCAUGAUUGUCAUCCCGCUUCAGGUCCUGGCAAACGUGGCCUAUAUCAUCAUAGAGUCCACCGAGGAGGGGACGACUGAGUAUGGCUUGUGGAAGGAUUCUCUGUUUCUGGUGGACCUGCUGUGCUGUGGAGCCAUCCUCUUCCCGGUGGUAUGGUCAAUCAGACAUUUACAAGAAGCAUCAGCAACAGAUGGAAAAGCUGCCAUUAACUUGGCAAAGCUGAAACUUUUCAGACAUUACUACGUCUUGAUCGUAUGUUACAUAUACUUCACCAGGAUUAUUGCAUUUCUCCUCAAACUUGCUGUUCCGUUCCAGUGGAAGUGGCUCUACCAGCUCCUGGAUGAAAUGGCCACGCUGGUGUUCUUUGUUCUAACGGGGUAUAAGUUCCGUCCAGCUUCAGAUAACCCCUACCUACAACUUUCUCAGGAAGAAGAUGACUUGGAAAUGGAAUCUGUAGUGACCACGUCAGGGGUGAUGGAGAAUAUGAAGAAAGUCAAGAAGGUGACCAAUGGCUCGGUGGAGCCGCAGGGUGAGUGGGAAGGCAGCGCGUGAUGGAGGAGCUCCGAGGCGGCACUGUCAAAGGAAACGGUUUAUUCGUAGUCCUGUUGGUCGGCGAGAGAGGUCGGCCCUCCCGACGGUGACACCGCAGAGCACGUGGCUGGGAGCAGUUGCCACGGAAGCCUAACUUUUCACUCUUUUCUGGAGCCGGAUCUGUGGCUGGUGAUAGGCAGCUAGAAUUCUCCUUCAGGUGGGAGUGCUGGGUAGGGGGUGUGAGAGGAGGAGGGUAAAAGGAAGACCUUGUUUUUAAUCUCUAUAUUUUAAAUUGGGAACUCUUCAGGUAGGUGCAGUGUGACCCAGUGUGUAGCAGCGGAGUGUUGGUGGAUGGGGCAUGGUAGGUGGUGGUGUGUCUGCAGCCGUUCAGGGCACGGGAAGGGGCUUUAGGAAACAAGCAGAUGUCGAGUGGGGCACGGGGGCUCACAAAGAAGGGAGAGGUGAGCAUCGCUGCGUCUUGGGGACAAAAAACGAGUGAGAUCAGGUUAUUUUAGAAAGCAAAGUCAAAACCCAAUUUAGUAUUAAGAGAGUGCCCCAGGAUUUCCGACCCUGAAUGUCGCCCCAGACCUUCAUCCCGGAUUCUGAAAGUGACCAGGAGCGACAGUCGUCCGAGGGCUACGGUGUCAAGAGUCAAGGCCCUGGUGGUGGCAAAUGGUUCUCUUGACUGAAGUGUGUUCUGUGUUACCUAAUGGAUGGACGAAAGUGUGUUUUUAAGCUCGAAAAGCCGCCUCCUGUAGGAUUUCCCUGAACGUCUGGUCCCCCCGACGGCGCAGAGCAGCACCAUCUCUGGCGGCCCUCUCUUCCCUCUCUUCUCGCAGCUGCAUCUAUUUUGUGUGAUCAGAAUACGGGGAAAUGGGAAGGACUUGUCCUUAAGGAGCAGCUGGGGGCAGAAAGGAUCAUGUCGAAGCAGAUCCUUAAGGCACGUCGUCAUCAUGACAAAGCUUUCCCUGUAGCCAGGUAGGACUUCUAAAGGGAGGAAUGCAGCAGACCUUGUCCCUGUAUUCCAAGAGUAAGUAUGCGAAGAAGGUGAGGGUGAUUAGCAGGUUUACUCUGGGGUGUGGGGAUGAUGAGAUCUUUCACAGAAGCUCAGUGAGGUUCCCUUCCAAACUUUCAGAGCUUGGAGAGGAACACGGAUAGAUUGCCUGAGGUGAGCAGUACUGCAGCUCGUAGCCAAGUCAUCCGAGUAUUGGGACAAGCUCAGAAGGUUCCCUGUGACGGAGGGCAUAGCAGGGCUUUCCGCUCAUUUCCUACUAAGGCUUUGGCUGCCGGAGCCUGAGAUGGGGACUGAAACACUGCAUCAGGCAAGCUCCCUGGAGCGUGGGGUCCCAGCCGGGCGGGGUAGCUCCCAGUGCCCACGCGCGUCAGGAGCCCGAGCCCCCCCCCGACCUCCUGGCCUGCCUCCUGGGUGCUGGAUGGUGACGGUGGCCGGUGGUUAUUCUCUUACCUCUGACUUGGAAGGGUCGAUCAGAAGCCACAAGAUUUAGGGGUGCCGCUCAGUAUGCCCGGUUUGGGAACCUGAAGUGUCUUUACUCAGAAAACAGUUAUUUUCCCUCUCCUGUACCAUUGUCACUUCCUAAAUGACCAGUGAGGAAGCAGGUGUCCUUUCUAUGCGCUUCGAUGAGCCCUCUGUGCUCUGCCCAGGGCCACCUCCACAGGGGCUCGGUCCUGGCUGAGUGAGGAGGACGACCAGCGUCUUCCAAGGCUGCUGCUGCCCACCUCUCCGCAGAUGUUUUAGGGAAGGGUUCGUGUGUCUUCCCAUCUUCAGGAGCGAGGAAAUAGGCCCCAAGUAUUCAUCUAAGGGCCUUUUUUUGUCUUUUAAGUAAUCUGGGAGCUGUGUGACAGGAGAAGGAAGUGGCAGGGAGGACGGGAGUAUUUUUCAGACUUUGUUUUCCUGACGUGAACACCAUCCCAGUGAUUAAGAGAUGUGUCGCAUACUGUGGCCGAAACUUCCUUUGGUGCUUCCCUCCGAGGGACGUGUUUGCUGUUUGUCCUGCAAGCAGAUGUUCUCGACUAGGCCGUAGACCUCUUGGCAAGAACCAAAGGUUUGAGGAAACGCGCGCGCGCGCACACACGCGCACACACGCGCACACACGAAAGGGUCUCCACAGAGGUGUCCUCACUUCAUGUGCUGGAAGCGGGGAAGCGAGUAAAUGAAGAUGAGGGUGUGCAUGUGGGCUGGCACCGGCCCCUGCUCAGCCUUCCUGCUCUGAGGUCCCCGGGCCCCAGCGGUCACAGGAGGGCAUGAGCCAGAGGGCUGGGCUUCUCUGUGGUACCGGGUGGUCUUCAAAUCCCACGCGGCACCUCUAGGCUCGCAGAAUGGCUGAGAGGCUGCAGUUUUACAGUGCUGACCCUUCUGGAACCGGAAGGUACAGAUGAGAUAAGUUAGUGGAUUAGAAAUAAAGGCAGGCCGCAGGCUUCCUAGCAAACGGGUCGUCUGCCCACGUCCUAUAUUUUAACUGGCAGAAGGUUUAAAGGCAGGCGGCUGAUCAAGAGAAAUCAAACCCCCAGCCCAAGACUGGGAAAAUAGGUGGUGGUUCAAGUUUUUCCAAAAUUAUUUAAGCUCUUCAUCCUGUUCUCUUGCUCUGUGACUUGAUGGCAGUAAGCAGCAUUCAGCUCUACUCCUGCGUAAAGAUGACUGAUUGGGGGCUAAAGCCAAGGUGCUUCCCCAGCUGACAGCCCGCUUCCUGCAGCCUGAUUUUCACAGUCCCCUUGGGCUCACGGUGAUGCAGUGUUUGAAUGGUUAAGCCCUCUCAGUACUUCAGGGAUUGGGCAGAAAGGAUCGGUGCACAUCAUAGAACGAUCGGUGGUAUUUAUAGCUUCGCUUUGUGCUGCUCCCCGUUUCUGCCUACGCGAAAUACACGUACUUCCUCUGAGAAUCCGGCCGUGGACUGGAGGUGCCGCUGGCUGUGAAACUUUAGCAAGUAAAGGAUCUGUUUUCCUUUGAUAGAGUGUGUGUGUUUUGCUAGAAAAUUACUUCUCGGACCACAAGAACAAUCACUGAUCUCUUAAUCCUGGCUCUUAACAGUGGCGAAAGACUCCAUCAGCCUGUUUCUUGGUCCCGCAAUACUUCAACGUUUUAGCAGCAGUGCCUCCGCUGAAUACUCCUGCUGGCUCCUCUUGUAAAGAGAAGCUUGCUUUGGUGUAAAAGAUGGUUUCUCAGAUCAUAGCCUGAGUCUGUUCAGUUUUCUUUCAAGAAACCACUUUAGAGUAAAAUUUCCAGCUUUUUUUUCCCCUGGACAUGUCCAGCCAGCCAAGGCGGCACCAGUCUCUUCAUAAGUGCACUCCACGGGGCUGCCUCGGCAAGGCGUCCCCUCCCUCAUUGCGAUCUCGCCACAGGAUGCUCUCCUCCCCCCUCCCUCUUCCCCCCUUCCUCCCCUCCUCCCCCCCUCCUUCCCCCUCCCCCCCCAUCUCCUUCUCUUUCCUCGCCUUGGCCCUCGCCCAUCAGUUCCACAUGGGCUCAGUCUGGGAAUACGGGCUGAAGCCUGUGGUGCAUUGCAGCAUUUUCUCCCAGCAGCUGUGUGAAGGAUGUAUUUUCCAAGCUAAGAAUUUUAUCCCAAGAGCACAUAUUACUGCUUUGGACCGUAUAUGAUCUUCUGCCCCUGCACGGAGAUGUAUGUCUUAUUUUAGUCUGUACCGACCAAGGAACAGUGUCAAAGAUGCCAGUUUUAAUUGUGAGUGGCUCUGGCCAUCUCUGCCAUCCUGGAGCAUUUCCUUCGAGGGAGGCUUCUAGGACCGAGACAGUCUGAUGGGUUAUUGGCCCUGCUCUGUACACCCCGUAGAGCAGUGGGACUGUUGGUGCUUCCUGCUGCCGAGCAGCUCGUUCAGAGGACACGGAUCCUCGCCCCCUCCUCCUCCUGCUCUGCACUCCACACCUCACCCUUGCUCCCCUGACCCACGCCUGACCUUCAGCAGAUUCCCAACACGCUGAGCCCAGGACGCCUGUGGCCUGCUGCUUUCUUUUCUCUUCCCCACGGAAGAGAAUUCCCCACGGAAGAAGUUAAGUUAGACUUUAACUUGAUACCUCUUGGUGUAUCAAAAACCAUACCAGACGUUCUAGAAGAUCUGCCCUUUACUCCAGUUUUCUCUAGGGUGUUUCUGGCAGGAGGUCGUACAAGAGCUCCACCUGAGUUGAUGCUAAUACUUGUCACUACGACCUGGAAUGUAGUUACUGAUUGGCAAGCCGGACAUUCCCCCCAGGGCCCUUCUGUCGCCUGGCGAUGCAUCUGCCCUCUCUGCACGGCUUAUGCUUGAAAUAUAAUGUUUUUCAGUGGCUCGUUGCUAGGACAUGGACACGCACAUCCUCCGAGAGACUGUGCAGAAAGCACUCGGUGGGGCGGGGCGGGGAGGUGCAGGAGCGAGGAUUUGGUUGUGUUGUGUCAAGGACCUUUGGGACCUACUGGCAGGAAGUCUGCAGGCGGGCCGUUUGGGAAGGAGUGCGGAUAAAGUCAGUAAAGGUCAAGGUGAGACAGAAGAGAUAGCUCGCCCCCAGACAGCAAGCUUAUCUUGGGGCGGGGUUUGAGACUUCGGGGUGGGCAGCCAAACCAGUCAGGGGGCCAGGCAGUCAGCCUUCUUAGUGUUUAAGACACUUAUUACAAAAGGGUCCAAAAAUCCUGUCCACACAAGGGGGCUUCUUGAUGCCUUAAGCAGCCUUUGCGGAUGGUAAAUUGGAUUUGCCUAGUCAUGUGACCUCAGAAGAACUCAGACACAUCCAAUCCAGAAAUAAGUUUCAUUUGGGGGAGAAAAUGUCUGUAAAUAUUCUUUGCUUUCCAGGUUAGAUUGGGAUGCAGCAGGAGUUUUCAGUACUUUUUUUUUAAACACUGAUGGUCACUGAAGAGUGUUUAUGUGAACAUCUGCCGGGUGGAGGUUCCGAUCCGGGUGAUGUAGGGGACGGGUUCUCCUGCUGUGAUGCAAACAUGUAAAAUAAAGAUUCUGUGACAGGAACGUAUGUUUGUAAUCCGAGGGCGUUGCCAACUGCUGCCUGCUGUCUCUCCGCCCCCCUCCCCCCUUAUAAUUCUUUCCUUUGUGAUUUUUGUUCAUUAAAUUAGUUAAUUGCCUCCCACUCGCUCCCACUGGCAAGAGUGACACCUACUAGAGAAGCUCCCUGUGUCUCAGCUGCCAUUGAAACUCAGACGUGGCUUCAACUCCAGAGGCUUUGUUUUGGAACAAACUGAAGAUCAGUUGUAGUUGACUGAUGUCCUGCCUCCACUGGGGACAGGGGUUGCUCUCUGAGUCAGGGCCUGGGCACUGCUGCCAUUUGAGGGGAGAUGACGGCAGAGACUUGGGGUAAAGCCUACCCUGUGACAGGCUCGGGUUCACCCUCUUACGAUGUUGGUCAUCAGAUAACCCUGCUGGUGUUCCCACAUCAGAAUCAGAGAAAUCCAAGAUUUCAGACUCAAAGCAUUUUUGGAAGUCCUCCAAUCCCAAACCCCUUAUUUUACUAGGAAUGUUUUAAAUUGAGGUGUAACUCACAUACAGUAAAAUUUACCCUUUAAGCGUGUAGUUGGAUGAGUUUUGACAAGUGUAUAUACAGUUCUGAAGCCUCUGCAAUAAGUGAGAUGGAACAUUUCCAUCACCCCAUAAAGUCCCCUGUGCCCCUUCUCAGUCAAAACCACCCCCUGUCCAGAACUACCACAGCCGCUGCUCUGAUUUCUACGCUGUAGGUUAGUUUAUUCUAGAACUUCACGUGAGUGGAAUCACACUUCCUUGUAUGGCUUCUUCCACUCAGGAGACUGUCUGUGAUUUGUCCAUCCAAAGCCCUGGCUUUAAAGCUGCAAAAAAUGGGGGCGUAGAGAGGGUUGUGCCCCCCCCUCCCCCAGCCAGUAGGUAUCAGAGCUGAGGUGAGAACCCAGGUCUCCUGACUCCAGCCUUGGUGUGGUGAUGAGGAUUAAGUUAGGGGCCUGGCCUGGAGCUCUAUCGGGUACUGUUGCUGUGUUUACAGUAACGUUAGAAUGAUCCUCAGUUCACAGCAUCCCAGAAGCUCGGAAUGAAGGGCCUCAGAGUCCAUGUCGUUUCCCCUGGGCUUUCCAGUUACCGGCCAUGCCUCACCCGCAGCUCCUUCCUGACUCUGCAGAGGCCUUGGGUUACCCAGGGUGUCCAUGGAGAGAAGCCUCAGGAGCGGGGACAGGGCAUUCCAAGAGUAGAGCCCAGGAAUCGGGUGAGACUCUCAAGGAUGAGAGAUGCUGAGGCCACCCAGGAAGGGGACAGCUGAGGAAAGGUGUGGGAAGGACCUGGGGACCGUCUAAUCCAGUACUUCACAAACUGGAGCAAGCAUCAGAGUCCCCGGAGGGCCCAGGGCUUCUGAUUCAAUAGGUCUCUUGCGGGGCCUGAGACGUUGCAUUGCUAACAAGCUCCCGGGUGAUGCCACCUCGGCUGGUCCCAGGUCACACCUUGAGAACCGCUGGUGUAACCCAGCUCCCUUCUUGAGACUUGCCCCAGUCAUUCAGGGGGGUGCGUCGAGCACCCACCCGUGCAGACUCCUGCUGGUCACACAGCAGCGAGACGGCGUCCUGACUCUGGGCCUGCCUGGCAGGGUUGCAGUGGUAAUCCGGUGAGGGGUGCCAGCGGGCCAGCUGAGCUGCUCCCCUCCAUCAGCCUUGGCUUCCUCCUCCCCCGUUAGAAAUGCAGCCGUCCGGGCUGACAACCUGUGAACUUCGCGGGCCGAGGACCCUGCACCUCCAGUGCCGCUCAGGGUCAGGAAGGCCUGUGCCAGUGGGUCCGACCACAGCUCACUCGCCUUCUGGUUUCUCUAAUGAGCCGGAAGAGCAGACCAAGUGGGCAGCAGACAGCUGACCCAGAUCUACCUGCUGAGAGCGGCCGACGGCCCUUGGGACCCUGUGGAGUCCUCCCGACGCCCACGUGGGCUCCUUUCCUGUGGCAGCCGCCUUCGGGCGCCCUGCCCUUCCCCAGGGAUCUGUCAGGUCGGCAGGUUGAGAGCUGCGCAGUCCCUCAGGCUACUCGACAGUGAGGCUGGUAAGUGGGGUGAGAAAGUGCUGGACUUUCUUCCCGCAGACCUGCGCCCGAGCUGCGUGCACAACAGGCGUUUCCGAGCAUCCAUCCAGCCCUAGAGCUGGCCUGGCCCCACCACGUGGGGAGAAGCUGCCUCAGCGGUUUGGGGGCUGGAUUUUAGGGGGUCAGUGUGCCCCUUGCAGGAGCUGCACCCUGCACUGCUCCUUCCCAGUUUGCCAGGGUUGCUGACUUUCAUAAAAAACAAGGAAUCUGCUCAUGGAAACAUCUGCAGAACCAACCGAGCUUAAGUCUUGUUUAUGCACUCAGCACGCGUCUCAUUCAGGGCCCGGGCUCUAGGCUGCAAGCCUCACCGAGGGCUGCACUCCUCAACGCACUAGUGUUUGCAGGACCACAGCGCAAAAUGAUGCGAGCCUGGUUUCCACCGCGUGAUGGGAGAGCAGUGAGGGGGGGUGCGUGGGGGAGGGUUGAGCGCAUGACUGCUGCCCCUGCUUCCUCCCACCCUUUCCAUUUUAACUGGCCCCUUCGCAUCAGCAGUACUGCUUGGUCAAGUUUUCUUCCCAUUAAAAAAAAACAAAUCUCCCUAGGCCAAGCUGCAGCCCCUGCCCCCCACUUACAGGGCGAACUUCUCUGGUCUGCCUCUUUCCCCUCCAGUACCCCCAACUCACUGCGGUCGGGUUCCACCGGCCAAAGUCUCCUGCAGCCUCUGGGGCUUGGUUAUUACCUGCCGUGACUGUAGCAGCCUGUGGCACAGUGGGACCCCUCCCCUUUCACCCUUGGCCACAUCACCUUGCACCCACUGCCUCCCUCCUCGGAAUUCCACGCCAGCCAGGUUAGACUUCCGGUAGUUUUCCUUCUCUCUCCAGCUGCUUGGCCACAGUCGGCUUCCUGCGCCCAGCCCUUCGGUGUUGGGCUCCUCGGCACUGCCCCAGCUCUCUUCUGCUCUCUGACACCCAGGAUCGUAUUCCCAGCCUAGAACUGUCCUGAGCUACUUACGGUUUAUCCAGCUGCCUCCUGGACUGUUUGUUUUUUGUUUUUUUGGCCGCGCCGCGUGGCAUGCGGGAUCUUAAUUCCCUGACCGGGGAUCGAACCCGUGCCCCCUGCAGUGGAAGCAUGGAGUCUUAACCACUGGCCCGCCAGGGAAGUCCCUGGACUGUUUUAAAGGCACUUCAAAGCUACACUCUCAGAAUGAAAUGACCACGUCCCCUCCCCAAUCCUAGUAAAUGUGAUCCAGGCCAAAAACUUGGGCCUUAUCCUUGACACUCCCUUUCCCUCACCCCAUCCCAGUCCUGUGGCUCAAGCCUACCCACUUCUCUCUCCCCACUGCCACUAGCCAGGCCAGCCACACUCACCCGUAACCCGGAUUACAACAUCAGCUGCUGCCUUGCAGCUGGUGGCCUGACCUCCAGUCUUGCCCCACUCCCAGCCUUUGCCAUGCCUUGGCCGAGUGCCUGCCUGCUGUGUUAAGCAUAGAGGUGCAAAAGCAAGCAAGGAGGAUGCAUGGUCAAUAUACAGAAAUCAACUAUUUCUAUGUACUUGCAACGAACAGUCCAAAAAAUGAAAUUAAAGCAUUUCCAUUUACAAUAGCAUCAAAAAGAAUAAAACAUUUAACAGAAGAAGUGUAAAAUUAAUAUUCUGAAAACAAAAACACUGAAAGAAAGACGAUCUAAAUAAAUAGCCAUCUCAUAUUCAUGGAUCAGGAAACAAUAUUGUUAAAGAUGACAAUACUCCCCAAAUCGAUCUCCAAAUUCAGUGUGAUCCCUACACAAAUCCCAGCUGGUUUCUUUGCAGAAAUUCACAAGCUGAUCUUAAAAUUCAUAUGCAAAUGCAAGGGAUCCGGAGUAGCCAGAACAGUCUUGAAAAAGAGGGACAAAGCUGAUGGAUUCCCCUUCUCAGUUUCAGAACUUAUUAAAAAACUGUAGUGAUCGAGAGAAUGUGGUAGUGAUAGAAGUAUAAAUGUAGAGCUCAAUGAGAUAAAAUAGAAAGUCCUGAAAUAAACCCAUAUAUCUGUGGUCAGUUGAUUUUCGGCAAGUGUUCCAAAACCAUUCAAUCUGGAAAGAAUUUUUUUUCCCAACCAAUGCUGCUAAGGACAACUGGACAUCCACAUGCAAAAAGUAAGUUUGUAGCCCUACCUCACACCAUAUACCAAAACUACCUCAAAAUGAACCAUACACUUAAAGCUAUAAAACUCUUAGAAGAAAACACAGGAGUAAAUCUUUGUGACCUUGUAUUAUUAGGCAGUGGUUUCUUAGAUAAGACACCAAAGACAAGCAAUAAAGAAAAAAGAUAAACUGGAGUUGAUGAAAAUUAAAACUUUCGUGCUUCAAA